AUGGCUUCGGAUGCCGAUCUGGUGCUCAGCACCCUGCGCCACCAGCGUGAUCUUUUUAGUGGUCCUCUGGGAAUCCCCGAUGUGACGACGCGUGUCGGAAGCGUGAUCCAUGCGUUUGAGACGAUGGCACGCCAACGGCAGUCACUGGGUUCGGGGCGCACCGAAAAACCGUACGAUGCGACGGCCACGAUCGGUGGCGGUAACUCCAAGUAUCGAUCGCACCGUUCGAACGUGAAGCGUGUCGGUGCUGAUACGGUUAACCGUCACAAGAUUAUCCUUCCAUCCCCGAACCUUUCACCGACAUCGUCGGCCGAGGUUAACGAUCCUUCCAACGCGUCCGGUGGUCACUACCUUCCGCUGCACCUAUCCGCCGGUCCGGAGGGCAUUUCGCAAUCGAAUUUCCCAUCACAACAGCAUCAGUACCAUCUUGCUUCUUCGACGCCUCAUCAUCCCCAUCCUCUUCAUCAUCAUCAUCAUCAUCUACCUCCCAGUUCUUUCUCGUACACCGAUCCGCAUGGUACGGGGCUGCGAAGACACACGACCGCCGGGGGUGCCAGUGGGCGACUGAUGGGUGGGGUGGGUGGCGAUACACAUAUUGAAAACAAUAACUCAGAGCACAGCUCCGUGCAACCGGGUCACCAUCACGGUCAGACCAUUCCACGGGGGCUGGCCGUCUUCCCCUCGUCCGCGUUCGGUCACCACGGUCAUUCCAAUACCACCGGCAUGGCAGCAGCAGCAGCAGCAACAUCGGCGGUUACCGUCGGUGGUGCCGGUUCGCCACAACCGCAGCACUACCAGCCAGGGAACGAGAAUGAAUCAAGUAAUUUCGAUUCGUUAAAUCUAGACGAUGAUUACCGUAAAAGCUCUUUUGGCAAGCAGUCAAAACUGCUCCAACUCCAACAGCAACAGCAACAACGGCAACCAUCUAGCUCUAGCUUGGCCGAUACGAUGCCAUCGGUGGCUCGCAAUCAAUUCACCGGCGGUGCUUCCGGCACUGACCGCCCAACGAACCGGGGACUGUGGAGUCUGUUCGGUGGCACCAAGGGACCGCCAGUGUUGGAGCAUGCCAGUCACGCCACCAGCGGCUACAGUAGCAGCAGAAACAAUCCGAAUGUAUUUUUCAAUGCUAGCAACUCUUCCUCUUCACCGACGAUAACGUCGAUACCAUCGGCGGUGGUAACUACUUCACCCCCAAUGGCGACCACAUCUACCACCACCACUACCGCUACUACUACUACCACCAGCAACGGUAGUACAACAAUGCGCUAUUACAACCUCGACAACACUAAUGGUGCCAAUCGACGUUCGACCAUGGUGCAUCCGAACCACCGAUCGUCAGCCGGGGAACAGCAGCCACAGCAGGAGUCUCAGUUUCUGCCCGACUCCCUCGAUGACACCCUGGUAUCGGUCCAACGGUACGGUGAGUUCGACGCCGAUAACGAGCUCGAUGACGGCCAGGCAACCGCCAGCGGCAACACGGGCGCCGGUGGCGACAAGUUUCUGCGCGGUUCCACCGUCAGCCAGUCCUUCAUCAAGAACGUACGAAUCAUGAGAAAGAAAUCGUCCUCGUACGACGUAAACACACCGAACGGAACGAGUGGAACGGGCACCAGUCACAUGGCCGCCACCGCCCUCCGGGGUAGCCAACGGGGAAAAGAACAGGUAGGUUCGAUGACGACGACCAACAGCUUCAAACAGCGCGGAUCGCAGAUGAUGGCGGCCGCUGCCAAACAUUUCACCAAACGCAACCGAGCACCGUCGGUGCCCACCAGCGGCGGCGUAACCCCGUCCCCACUCGCUGGCACUGCCGCUGACAAUGACGGAUUGACCGGUUCAGUGCGACCGGCGGAUGAUGGCAUCGAUGAACCGGUCAGAGCCGGUGAGGUGGAUCGAUCGAACGAGGUUAGUCCUGCGGCAACGGGGCAGUCUGCGCCACGCGCCGGAAGUGGCAAACGGCGAUUGUUUCAACCACGAACGAUGGACCGAGCGGAAAUAUGA